AGGUAAGAGCGAGUCACUCUGCAGUGGCAUCAGAAGGACAGACUACAGUAACGCUGAGCUGCAUCACCUCCUGCACUCUGUCUAACAACCACACUUACAUGUGGUACAGGAACGGACAGCCUGUUACUGACAAACUCACCAAACACAUCAAGCUCUACCUGAACUGCAGUGAAGAUGCAGGAAACUACUCCUGUGCUGUGAGAGGACGUGAGGAUCUCCGUUCUCCUGAACUAACUGUAACAUGUGAGCCACAAAACUCAGGGUCAGUGAAUUACACAGUGUUAAAGGUCAUCAUGGUGGGCCUGGCUGUCUUCCUGGCAGUAACACUCCUCUCAGGAGCUCUGUGUAUGUGGAAGAGGAAGUCGAGCUCAGCUAAUGGCCACAGCAGCACUGGUGAGAGUGGACAGCGUCACUCUCCUGCUGUUUAUGAAAAUGUUUCAGCCUCAGACCGCAGUGGAAGAGUCGCCUCAGAUGAUCAGGAUGACGUUCACUAUGCCAGUGUUGUCUUUAAAAACUCCCACACACAGGAAGUGUCUCCGUCACCCAGACGUCGUCCAGACACCACAGAGUAUGAGGAUGUUCAGUACGCUGCUGUGAACGUUAGCAGGAGCACUGCUGCCAUCCAGCUUGUGGCAGACGAAGCAGCUGAUGAUCCGUCUCAGCUCUACAGCAAGAUCCAGAAACUCCCCACUUCAGCAGUGUAGCCCAUCAUUAGUCCUGUGGCCUGGGAUCUAAAAGCUAAAGAGGUAGCACUUCAGGUUCCUGGAAAAAAGCUGAGAGAGAUGUGAUAGUUCUGUCCUGUAUCUCUGUUUUAACCCUCAACACUGCUUCCAAAUCUAACAGGAGAAGAGGGACGGCUUCAACAUUUUAUUAGAGUAGAGCUAGCAGUAUUAUUGCUUCAUCGUGUAUUGUAGAGCUCUUAUAAUAUUGUAUACUCUUUGACCUUAAACAUAUAUGUGUGUGUACAGUGGAUAUAAAAAGUCUAGGGUUAAAAUGGCAGGUUUUGUCUGUGUUCACACUGAACUAAUCACAUCUCAUGUUCAAUAGUAAUUAUCAUAAAGCUGCCAUCAAUGAAAUUAUUCUGAUUAACCCCAAUUAAAAACCAGCUGUUUCAUUUUUUUUACCUAUGAACAUGUUUUGUUUUUUCAUCAUUCAGUUUUUUGUUGGUCAUUUACAUGACUAAUGCUGCGUAGUUUGCUGAUGAUUUAUUCAGAAAUAAAAUGUUCUGUAAAUAAACAGUUUUUAUCCUUAGCUACAAUUUGACUUGCUGAAUAAUAAACUAUGCUAGCUAGUGGAAUUGAUGCUAGUCUAAACUGGUAUUAGCAAAGAAAACGCGCUAACUUAGUUACACAUAUCUAGCUUCAUGUUGGCAAACCAGUGAAACUUACCUCAUCAUGCUUUUUCAAAUUACAUGGAGUUCCUGCUUUCUAGAGAGGCAAAAGAGACACUUUUAAAUGGUACAGAAUGUCUAUGUAAGGA